UCAAACCUUUUCUCAGAGAUCUAACAUCUAAAACCUAAAACACAUACACACUCGCUCUCUUUUCCAAAACCAGAGCGUCGAACUCCGAAACUCUCACCAACUCAUGGCCGCCACUCGGACGCGAGCACCGGGGGACUCAUCAAUCCAAGUCUCUCUCAUACAAGUUGAAUCGGACGAGUCUCAGCUCGAUCAAUCCUUGCAGAGACUCGAGAUUUUCCUCAGAUUGUUCGGCUUCUGUCAGUAUUCUCCGUUCAGCACCACUCUCUCAUGGCUUCUAUUUGCUCUCACCGCAGUAGGCAUACCGAUACUCAUCGCGUUAUACUCUAAAUGCUCCGACUGCGAGAAGUACGAAAUCAGAGAGUUCGAGUUCGAGAUUCUAAUCUUCCAGGCCAUCGUCGCCUUCAUUUCGCUUCUCGGCAUUUCUCACAAUCUUCGCAAAUAUGGUUUACGGAAGCUCCUCUUCGUCGAUCGGUGCCAUGGUCACACGCCUCAAUUUCGCAAUCAGUAUAUUCAGAAGAUCCAAGGAUAUUUUAGGAAGCUGGUUAUCUGGAUAUCACUGUGCUUUUUAUUGAAGACUGCUCGUGAGGUCACUCGUAUUAUCUAUCUGCAUCACAAUAUCUCUUGGCUAUCAGUUGCCAUUUUGUUUGCUUCACUUGUGUCAUGGACCUAUUCCGCCACACUGUAUCUAUCAGGCACUGCUUUGUUCAAUUUGACAACAGGGAAUAUUGGAAUUAUCAACCUGAUUAAUGCCGGUGAUUUUGCAGUCCUAUCAAUUGUUCAACUGGUUGGAAUAGUUCUUUGUCUGGCUGCAGCUGCAAAGAUUUCACAUAGAGCUCAAGGCCUAGGAUCAGUUGCUAGUAGAUGGCAUGCACUAGUUACAUGUAAUUCUAAUGAGGCUUCUCAAUCUGGGAUUUCAACUAAUGAUGGAAAGUCAGAGGCUGCCAAUGCUCAGGUCUCAUUACGUAUAAAUUACUCGGAAAGUGAUUUGGAGUCGACUGAUUAUGUACCGCUGCCCACAGAUACACACCUGACUUCUCAUAUGUCAUCAUAUCACAAGAGGCAAGCCUUUGUUACUUAUGUGCAGUCCAACACCGGUGGGUUUACUGUUUUUGGAUGGAUGGUCGAUCGCAUACUCAUCAAUACAAUAUUCUUCAUUGAGCUCUCGCUGGUUUUCUUUGUACUUGGUAAAACCAUAACUGUUAAAGUCAGAUGACAUCUACUAAAAACCCUCAUGCAGCGUACAUCAGGGAUUCCUCCAGCCUAUUUAAUGGAGGCAGCACACCAUUUUACCAGUAAGAGUAUUUGCAUUUGGCAGUUUGUUUUGCUCACAUGAUAUCCAUAAAGUUCGACGGAAGCCAUGCUUACAGUCGAUACUGAUGCGAGGUUUUAUUGUAAAGAUUGUCAUGAUUAUAUCACUUAUUUGAGUUUAAUCCAAAACUAACCAAGCAGUUGUUUGUGCUUUGGAUAUAUUUAUGAUUAUAGUUUGUUUGCUGUAUUGUAUGUGGG